AUGGCUUUUAACUUGUAUCCCUAUUUUAUAGACGUGGAUGGAGAAGAUGGAGAAGAUGGAGAACCUAAUGAAGCCAUGAUGUUUAGUUCGGAUGAAGAAUUGGAUGAUAAGGAAAAAAAAGUUGUACAAUACAAGAUGAUUGAUGGGGAUGAAAAUGUUGAAGAACCUAAGAAAGAAAUGACUUUUAGUUCAGCUGAAGAAGUUCGCACAUAUUAUAGGAAAUAUGGUAAGCAACUUGGUUUUGGUGUCUUGAGAAGAUGCCUUAAGAGGGAUGAAGAUGGCCAAGUAAGAUACAUGAUCCUUACAUGCAUUCGUGAAGGUGCGAAUAAGGGAGAAAGCAGCACAAGUAAUGCCAUGAAGCCAACUCCAAAAAUUAAUAGAACAGGGUGUUGUGCAAGGAUUUGUGUGACAAGAUGUGAUAAUGGAACAUGGUAUUUGAGUAAAGUGGUGCUUGAGCAUAAUCAUAUACUAAGCCCAAGCAAGACAAGAUUUUUUAGGUGCUAUAAGAAUAUAAAUUGUUCUGCGAAAAGAAGGAUUGAGCUUAAUGAUAUAGCUGGAAUACGUGCGAACAAGAAUUUUAACUCAUUGGUUGUUGAAAUGGGGGGGUUUGAGAGUCUUCCCUUUGGAGAGAAAGAUUGCCGAAACUUUAUUAACAAGGCAAGGGAGCUCCGGCUUGGCAAAGGAGGUGGUCAGGCACUUUAUGAUUAUUUUCAUAGAAUGCAAGACCAGAAUGAUGGCUUCUAUUAUAUGAUGGACAUGGAUGAUAAUUGUAGGUUGCGAAAUGUGUUUUGGGUUGAUGCACGAAGUAGGGCAGCAUAUGAAUUCUUUGCGGAUGUCAUUACAUUUGACACGACGUAUUUGACUAAUAGAUAUGACAUGCCAUUUGCUCCUUUCGUAGGGGUGAAUCAUCAUGGUCAGUCAAUACUUUUUGGGGCUGGAUUACUAUCAAACGAGGAUACAGAUACAUUUGUUUGGUUGUUUGAGUCGUGGUUGAAGUGCAUGAAUGGCCGAGCUCCAGGUGCAAUUUUAACAGAUCAGUCCAGGGCAAUGAAAAAUGCAAUUGCAAGAGUUUUUCCUAAAACUCGACAUAGAUAUUGUCUAUGGCAUAUUAUGAGAAAAUUGCCUGAAAAGUUUGCGAAAUAUGAACAGUACGCUGACAUUAAGAGAUCCCUACAUACUUGUUUGUAUGAUUCUCAAACUGUUGAAGAAUUUGAGGAAAAUUGGAAAAUUCUAAUUGAGAGUUAUCAACUUCAGGAUAAUGCAUGGCUAAAUGGGUUAUACAGUGACCGAACUUUUUGGGUACCGGCAUAUAUGAAAGAUACAUUUUGGGCUGGAAUGAAUACAACGCAGCGGAGUGAAAGUAUGAAUGCUUUUUUUGAUGGUUACGUGCACUCACAGACCACACUAAAGGAAUUUGUUGAUCAAUUUGAUAGUGCUUUGAGGAAAAUGGUCGAGAGGGAGACACAAUCUGAUUUCGAUUCCUUUAAUCGCACAAUUCCAUGUAGAAGUGACUUUUCUUUAGAGAAACAGUUUCAAAAUGUUUACACAAAUACAAAGUUCAAAGAAGUUCAAGAUCAAUUUGGGAAACUUAUCAAGUGCAAUAACUCUCAUCUUAAAAGUGAAGGUGCAAUUUCCACCUAUCAAGUGAUUGAAUCUGUUUCUCUUCCGGGAAACCGCAUGAUCGAUAAAAUAUUUGGUGUUUUCUUCAAUGAAGAUGAAUUUGAUGUGAAGUGUACUUGUGCAAUGUUUGAAUUAAGAGGGAUCUUGUGUAGGCAUUCCAUUUCUGUUCUAUUGACAAAGAAAGUUACAACGGUGUCACCUAGAUAUAUUCUUGACAGAUGGAGGAAGGAUAUAAAGCGAAAAUACACAUUGAUUAAGAGUAGUUAUGAUGCUUUUGUUGGUAACCCUGCAGACCAAAGACAUGACAAGAUGUGCAAGAAUUUUGAAGAAUUAGCAUCUCUCACAAAAGAAAGCGUGGAACAUUUCAUGGAUGUGAUGAAAAAUGUUGAUAUGUUAAAGGAAAAAUAUCGUGCCUUGAAGUCUGUUGCGUCUAGUCAACCUUCCCAUCACAAUUCACUUGCAGUCGCAUCUUCUAGCUGUAAUGAAGUCAUUCAAAUUAGUGAUGGUUUGGCGGUGCAAAGUAAUAAUAAGGUGCUUACUCCUAUUAAGGUUAGACGUGUAGGGAAGCCACCGUCAAGAAGAAAGGUCCCUGCUGUAGAAAAAGCCACCAAGAAGCUAGCCAAAAAAAAGGUGCCCAUUACUACGAAAGCAACGCAUGAUCAACACAACACUUGCCAAACUUCAUCUUUACCUGCAGCUUAUGGUCAGAACUGCCAGCUAAAUCAUACUCAGGGUUCCAUCUUUGUGGCAACGAGGGCCCCAACAUUAGGUGGUCACCAUGAUUCCAUUCUUACUCAGGUUGGGGUGCCAGUUGAUCCAACAAAUAAGUUAUCAAAAUUAGUAAGCGAACAUAAAUAUGAAGAGGCUUUCACUGCAGCCCUACAAAGAUGUGAUGCGUCCAUUGUAUAUUGGCUAUGUUCACAGGUUGAUCUACGGUGGAUCUUGUCUUUAAAUCCUCGCCCUUUGAGCCAAGUAGUAUUGCUUCAUCUUUUACGGCAACUAACCUAUGGUAUCAAUAACAACAAACCCCAGAACUUUGGUUGGAUGACAGACGUUGCUAAUGCCAUAAUCCCAUCAGACCCGAUGAUUGCAUUGCAAGUGCGGCCCAUCUUCAGUGAAAUUUGUACCUUACUCAACCAUCAACAAUACUUGCCUACAAUUACUGGUGUUGAGCUCUCAAGUAUCCGUCUUCUGAUGCAUGUCAUUUGUUCAAAGAUCACGUAA